GAAUAUAUGCUUUUGGAACCAAUUUUCAAUGGCUAUAUAUAUACUAGGAAGGAACCAACGCUUCUCAUCAAAUCACUAGUAUUUGCACAAACAUUACUUUUUUACUUCCAUACAAAAACUACCUUCCAUUAAACAUUAAAAAGAAGAGAAAGAUGAGUGUAGAAAUUUUGGAUGGUGCCACAAUUGUCCAAUUCCUUGAAGAUGAAGAAGCUUUUAACAACUCGAUAAGUAAUCGCUUCGCUCAACUUGACACAAAUAAAGAUGGUCUUCUAUCAUAUGAAGAGAUGCUAAAGGAGCUCAAGAGUUUGAGGGUUUUGGAAACGCACUUUGGUAUUGAUGUGGAGCCGGACCCUGAUGAGCUUGCUCGUGUUUAUGGAUCCUUGUUCGUACAAUUCGAUCACAAUUUGAAUGGCACUGUUGAUCUAGAAGAGUUCAUGAAUGAAACUAAGCAGAUGAUGCUUGCUAUGGCAGAUGGUAUGGGUUUCUUGCCAGUUCAAAUGGUUUUAGAAGAAGACAGCAUCCUGAAAAAAGCUGUUGAAAGAGAGUCUAAUAAAAUAGCAGCUUAAGUGCUUCUCUGAUCAUGCCUAAAAUUUAACUAAUUCUGCAAGUAUUGUAGUAUUUUAAAUAUUUGGCUUGUUGUUUUAACUGUUUCGAUUAAAACACUUUAAUGAAACUGUUUUGUUAUGAAUUGCAAAUUUCUGCAUCAA